AUGGCCAACACGCCCCCGGACACGCCGCCGUCGAGCCCCGUGGCUGCGCCUGCCGCCUACGACGGAGUCGCGACGCCGCCGUCGAGCCCCGUGGCCGCGCAACGACCUCCCAUGGGCGCGACCCCGCCGUCAAGCCCGGUGGCGAGACCCACGCGGAGCGUCGUCGACACGCCGCCAUCGAGCCCUGUGGCCGCGCAACGACCUGCCAUAGGCGCGGUGGAUACGCCGCCGUCGAGUCCCGUGCGCCCGCACGUCCGGGUGGUGGAUACACCGCCCUCGAGCCCCAUGUCGCCGCUCGUCGACUCGCAGCAAGACGACAUCGGGCGCUAUCCGCCGGCGCGGCAACCGCCGAUGACUCCGCCGUCGCCGUCGUCGUUCUCGCAGCCGUCGGUCUCGGUUUCGGCGACCGCCGAGUUCCGCCACCAGUACCACUCUGGCGACUUUAGUGCGUCCGUCGAUGCGACGCCGAUGCCACGAUACCUCGGGCGGUACGCCGACGGCGACAUUAGCACGAGCCUCUCGGCGCGUCACUUGCCACGCGGCGACCUUGGACGGUCGGAAUUUCGCAUUCAGGAGUUGCCGGGAUCGGUGCGUGCCGCCGGCGCACCAUCGUCGCCCGGCGGUCCAGGCGACAGCCCGCCCUCGUCGCCCAUCUCGGUUGACCCGUCCAACCGGCAUGGGCUGCCCCAGGCGCCGUUGUCGCCGAGCUCGGCCAGCGCCAGCGUCCAGCACGCCGGUCCUGCGGCCGCGGUGCCGCUCGCCGAGCAGUCGUACUCGAACGCCGUCGUGUGGGGUACGAACGUCAGCGUGGCCGAGUCCAUGGGCGUCUUCCGGGCGUUCUUGCACGAGUUCAACCCGCCUGGGCACGCCGACCUCGGCGGCGAGAGCUACUACAUGAAGGUCCUCCACCAGAUCCAGCUCACGCAGCAAGGGGUCUUCAACCUCGACGGCAACCACCUCCUCGAGUGCAGCGCUGCGACGCGCAAGCUGUACAUGCAGCUCGUGCAUUUCCCGCAAGUGCUGAUCCGCAUUUUGGACAUGGUCAUUGUCGACGAGUUCAAGAUCCUCUUCCCCGACGACGUCGACCUCAUUCGCAUUCAAGUACGGCCGUUUAACCUCAAAGACAAGCAAGCGAUGCGGAAUCUCAAUCCAGCUGACAUUGACCAGCUCGUGAGCCUCAAGGGCAUGGUCACGCGCUGCUCGUCGGUGAUUCCGGACCUCAAAAUGGCCUUCUUCCGCUGCACCAUGUGCCACUCGACCGUCGAAGUCGAGCUCGACCGCGGUCGCAUCGACGAGCCGACGAUGUGCGACCACUGCCAUACGCGCGGGUCCAUGGAGAUCAUGCACAACCGGUGCGCGUUCACCGACAAGCAGCUGGUGAAAAUGCAAGAGACCCCCGAUGCAAUCCCCGAAGGCGAGACCCCGUACACGGUGAUGUUGUUUGCCUUCGACGACCUGGUCGACGACGUCCGACCUGGUGACAAGAUUGAAGUCACUGGUAUCUACCGCGCGGUGCCGAUGCGCGCGACCAUCAAGCAGCGCGUCGUCAAGUCGGUCUUCAAGACGUACAUUGACGUGGUCCAUUUCCGCCGGACGGACGAGCUCAUGGGCGCGUUGGGCGGCCUCGACGAUGGCAACGCGGUCGACGCUGUCCAGCAAGCCAAGAUUGACGAGUACCACCGGAUCGCGUCCGACCCGCUCGUCUACGAGAAUCUCGCGCACUCGCUCGCGCCGUCAAUCUGGGAGCUGGACGACGUCAAGAAGGGCGUGCUCUGCCAGCUCUUCGGUGGGACGCGCAAGGCUGCCGCGGUGAUUGGCAAGAAGCACACGCGGUCGGACCUCAACGUGCUCCUCUGCGGUGACCCAGGCACGUCCAAGUCCCAGCUAUUGUCGUAUGUGCACAAGCUCGCGCCCCGGGGCAUCUACACGAGCGGCAAAGGCAGCUCGGCCGUGGGUUUGACCGCGUCGGUGAUUCGAGACAUGGAGACCGGGGAUCUGGUGCUCGAGUCCGGUGCGCUCGUCUUGUCGGACGAAGGGAUUUGCUGCAUUGACGAGUUUGACAAGAUGUCGGACAACGCGCGCAGCGUCCUGCACGAGGUCAUGGAGCAGCAGACGGUCUCGAUCGCCAAGGCUGGCAUCAUUUGCUCGCUGAACGCGCGGUCGUCGAUCUUGGCGUCGGCCAAUCCGAUCGAGUCGCGCUACAACCCCAACAAGAGCGUGAUUGAAAACAUCAACAUUCUCCCGACCUUGCUCUCUCGAUUCGACUUGAUUUAUUUGAUUCUGGAUCGGCCGAAUGCCGAGGCCGACCGGCAGCUCGCACGCCACAUCGUGUCGCUCUACUACGACUCGUACUCGAUCCACAAUGCGCGCGGCCACAUGAAGGCGUCCGAGGUCAUUUCCAUGUCGGUCCUCUCCGACUACAUUGCGUACGCCAAGGACCAUGUCCAGCCGCAGCUGAGCGAAGCCGCGGCCAAAGACCUCGUCGCGGCCUACCUCGAGCUCCGGCGCAUGGGCAGCAACCGCAAGAACAUUACGGCGACGCCGCGCCAGCUCGAAUCGCUCAUCCGCAUUGCGGAAGCGCUGGCCAAGAUGCGGCUCGCGGAUACCGUCACGUCGCGGGACGUGACCGAAGCGCUGCGCCUCAUGAACGUCGCGACGCAAAAGGCCGCGAUGGACCCGCGCACGGGCACGAUCGACAUGGACAUGAUCACGACGGGGUACGCGACCGUAGAUCGCGAGGCGCUGAGCGCGCUCGUCGACGAUGUGAAGCGACUUUUGACCGAGCAUGGCGGCGGCUCGAUGAACACGGGCGAGCUCAAGAAGCAGCUCGACAGCCUGCGCGGGUCCGAGACCAAGCACACGGAGUUCCAGACCGCGCUGCGAACGCUCGAGGAAGAAAACCUCGUCCAAGUGUCCCAUGGCUCGGUGCGGUACUUUAGCUCGCGCGAUUAACAUCCCCGGAAUACGCUCGCCGGAAUAUAUCUAUAUCGAU